GUCUGUAGCUAUUAUUGUGUGUUGCAAAAUUUAGAUGUAAAAAUAUGCUUACUAUCCGAAUGAGUAUAAAAUUCUCAAAUUAAUUACCAGCUGAGAGAACACGCAGGUUUAGAAUUAUUGAUUAAAAAACUAACUCUAAUUUAAUCGACAUAUACAUAUGUGAUCAAAGGCCCCACACGAAGCGCAAGGCAACUGCAAUGGAAGAGAAUCCUCCGAAAAUUCCCAGGACUUACAUCAAACGUCAGAGAAAUACUAACAGUUUUACUACCAUCAGCGACAAGACAGCAAUAUGGCAGUGUGAGAAAAGAGAAACCCUAGCUGAGAAAAUGGCAAGAUUUAACAUUCACGAUGAGCAAAGGCGACAUUUUCUAAACCUUGACGAUGCUCCGAAGACAGAAGCAACAGACACUCCUCCAGAUGAUUAUAAUAAUUCAUCAUAUUUAUCACAUGAUCCUCCAAUUGAGGAAGAUACUAGAUUUGAGCCGGGACGAGUGGAGAGCGUGCAACAGUGUCUGGCGCCCCUUCCGUAUGAACGGACUGCACAAGUCAGGUGUACACAUGAAAAGAUGAGACCAAGCUCCGAAGAGAUAUGGGAAAUGUUUAAGGAUUUUGAGGCAGGUGGCAAGGCCGUUUGGCCUGUCACCUGUCGCAUAGAAAAAGCUACUUCAACGGAUGACAUUGAGGAAGCAACGCCAAAACGAUUGCUUAGACAGAAAGCUGAAAAAGUUCCCAGGAUUUCUGCAGAGAAGCAGUUGCAGGCGGCUGUGUUAUCGAUAAGUGGCGACUUUGAGGAUUGGAAAGUCUAUGUGCCAGAGUCAUCGUCAGAUGAGGAAGAGAAUAUACCGAAUUCGAAAGAUGAUCAGCAGGCGGAUGAGAAAUCGAACGAGAAUGCGGAAGAGAAAACGAAUGAAAAACCUAAUGAGAAAUCAGAGAGGAAAACAGAUAAGAAAUCAGAUGAGAAACCGGAGCAGACACAGGACCAGAUUUACGACCAGGCCGAACAACUAAAAGUCGAAACUUUUUACCAAUCACUAGGACUAAGUACCGCGCUAAUUUACAACUCAGAAUAUGUCCAAAUGCUGAAUAUGUGUGCAACAGAAAGUGGCGUAUCCGACGUAAGUGUGAGGCUCAAAGCAAAAGUCCGUAACAAGGUAAAGCAAGAAUUGCAGGAUGAAUCCAAAGAUGGUGUGAAAGCCGUAUUGAGAGAGGCAUCGAUGACACCAACUCCAUUUGAAGAACUGCCCAAAAUGUUGCGGACAGAAUGCAGCGUCAAUUUUGAGCGUCUUGAUAUGUAUACCAGAAUCGAUCUGGAUCAUCAUAUAGAUCUAUGCAGUCUGACGGACAAAAAACUUCCCGAGCAGGUAGAGUACGACAAAUAUAUUCAUGUGGUAAGGCUUUGGAUCAAGGAUAAUAAGAACGCUUGGUUCUGGGAGAAUGGCGCCUGCCUUAUCCCCAAUGCAAAUGAGCGUUUAGUGGCCCAAAUCUUGGAAAUUGGGAAGUUCUUGGGCUGCAAAACCAAGCCGAGAAUACGCCAUUCCCACAUAGGUCGAGUUCUGCGUUUUCCUUGGCCGAUUGACGUGGACAAAUUCUGUAAAUAUUAUGGAUUGUCUGACCCCGUCUUGGAGAAUGACCGCAAGAUUGGCUAUUAUGUGCACAAGAAUCUAGAAGGUGUAUUUGCCAAAGUAUUCGCAAGUGGUCUGGUAGAGAUAUACGCCAUGAAUCCGGGCGAAUCAACUGAAAUGCUGGUGCUGUUAGACCUACUAACGAAUCCACGAUAUGCAGAUGAGGAGUGAACAAUGAUGCAAAUGCACCGUAACAUUUAAUACUCUUAUUUCUAUAACUACCUUCUGAGAGUGAUUGAAAUUUAAAAAAUUUCAUUUGGCAAAAGAGUUUUGUUCUUCUGCUUGGUAUUUAUUAGGAAUUAUUUCUGAAUUGAUGCGUAUAUGGUAAUUAUCAGUAACACGCAUCUAAUAAAAGGGAACGAC